AUGAGAAAAAAGGUUGAAAAAAUAAAAAAAAGUAUAUGAUUUUAUAGAUGUAGAACCAUGGAGUGAUUAUGAGGAUGCUUAGGUUAUGCAAUUAGUUGAAUAAUAUGGGCCACAUAAAUGGACAUUUAUAGCAUCUAAGUUAUAAGGUAGAAUUGGAAAACAAUGUAGGGAACGGUAUGCAAUGUUGAGUAAUAUAGUUGGCAUAAUCAUUUGAAUCCUUUGAUAAAAAAGUCACCUUGGGAAUAUGAGGAAGAAUGGAUUUUAUUUUUGUAUCAUGAAGCUAUUAGUAAUGAAUGGGCAGAAAUUGCUAAGCAUUUAGAAGGAAGAACUGAUAAUGCAAUAAAGAAUCAUUGGAACUCUGGAAUGAAGAAGAGAAUGAGUGAAUUUAGAGAAAAGUUAUAGAAAAUAAGAUAACAAUUUUAAUAAAAAGGGUUUUAAAUUUGAAUUAAAGAAGGUAGGCAUACUUUUUUAGAUUAAUUUGUGAACCCUUAUGAAAGGAAAGCAAUUGAAAUAAUAUUUUUAAAUAAAAAGUAUGUAAGCUUGAUCACAGACACAGAAGAUGAGGAAGAUGAGAUUGAUGAGCCAGCAAUAAAACCAAGUCAAAACACAUCCCUUAGAACUCGAAGCAAUUUGAAUAAUAAUGUAUAAUAAGAAUAUAUGAAGUUUGAAAUCAGAAGCAAGUACAUCAGCAAACAUCCUAGAAGAAAUAGAAUGCACAGAAAAUAUUUGAUAUAUAAGAAAAAUUAAAUGAAGGAGAUUGAGAAAGAGAAGGAGAACAAAAAUUUGAGUAAUGUGCAACCAGUCCAAAUAGAAUCAAGACAAAUGUUUUCGAUGCAAUAGUUAGAUCAGACUCCUUCAAAAGUAUAUAAGUAGAAGUGAAUUUGAUAUAUUUAGUGAUGAUUACUAUUAAACACCAGCAGCAUUCAAUCGAAUAUAAAGGUUAGCCAUCAGUAGUUCAAAGUUUAGUUAAUUUAAAUGCGCAGUCUAAGUAAGAUGAUAGAUGUAUUUAUCAAAUAGAAUGAAACAUUCCAAAAUUAGUUGUAAGAAGAACUAAAGCAAAACUUAUUUUUAUGA